AUGGAGUUUCUGCGGGCGCUGCGGCCCGGCCUGGCGCUAGCGCUGGGGCCGGGGCCCGCCGGGGGCCACCCGCACCCGUGCGGCGUCCUGGCGCGCCUGGGGGGCUCGGUGCGCCUGGGCGCCCUCCUGCCCCGCGCGCCCGCCGCCCGCGCCCGCGCCGCCCUGGCCCGGGCCGCCCUGGCGCCGCGGCUGCCGCACAACCUGAGCCUGGAGCUGGCGGCCGCCGCGCCCCCCCGCGACCCCGCCUCGCUGGCCCGCGGCCUAUGCCAGGCGCUGGCGGCACCGGGCGUGGCGGCCGUGCUAGCCUUCCCCGAGGCGCGGCCCGAGCUGCUGCAGUUCCACUUCCUGGCGGCGGCCACCGAGACCCCCGUGCUCAGCGUGCUGCGGCGGGAGGCCCGCGCUCCGCUCGGCUCCCCAAACCCCUUCCACCUGCAGCUGGACUGGGCCAGCCCCCUGGAGACUCUGCUGGACGUGCUGGUGUCAGUGCUGCAGGCGCACAGCUGGGAGGACGUUGGCCCGGUGCUCUGCCGCGUGCGGGACCCUGGCGGCCUUGUGGCCCUAUGGACAAGCUGGGCGGGCCGGGCUCCGAAGUUCGUGCUGGACCUGAGCAGGCCGGACCCGAGCGAUGCAGGGCUGCGGACCCGCCUGGCCCCACUGGGGGUGCCCGCGGGGGGAACGGCCCCAGUCCCCGUGGCCGUACUCCUGGGUUGCAACGAGGCCGGCGCCCGGCAGGUGCUGCAGGCCGCACACCCCGGGCCCCGCUGGCUGCUGGGCACGCCGCGUCCCGCCAAGGCACUCCCCACCGAAGGCCUGCCGCCUGGGCUGCUGGCGUUGGGCGAGGUCGCUCGGCCCCCGCUGGAAGCCGCCAUCCACGACGCGGUGGAACUAGUGGCCCGCGCGCUGGGCAGUGCGGCCCGCGUGCAGCCGGAGCGUGCCCUCCUCCCCGCCAUGAUCAACUGCAAUGACCUGCCGCUGCCCGAGCCCUCCGGCCGCCUCUUGGCACGUUUCCUGGCCAACACGUCCUUCCGGGGCCACACGGGGCCGGUGUGGGUGACCGGCUCCUCGCAGGUGCACAUCUCCCGGCGCUUCCGCGUGUGGAGCCUCCGCCGGGACCCGCGGGGCGCCCCGGCCUGGGCCACGGUGGGCCGGUGGCAGGACGGGCGGCUGGCGUCAGAGGCAGGGGGCGCGGCCGGUUGGCCCCCACCCCCGCCGGAAGCCCGGGCGUGGCCCAAGCUGCGCGUGGUGACGCUGGUGGAGCACCGGUUCGUGUUCGCCCGCACGCCGGACGAGGACGGUCGGUGCCACGCACUGCGCAGGUGCUGCUACGGCUACUGCAUCGACCUGCUGGAGCGCCUGGCGGAGGACGCGCCCUUCGACUUCGAGCUGUACAUCGUGGGCGACGGCAAGUACAGUGCGCUGCGCGACGGCCGCUGGACCGGCCUGGUGGGCGACCUGCUGGCCGGCCGGGCGCACAUGGCUGUCACCAGCUUCAGCAUCAACUCAGCCCGCUCGCAGGUGGUGGACUUCACCAGCCGCUUCUUCUCCACCAGCCUGGGCAUCAUGGUGCGCGCGCGGGACACGGCGUCGCCCAUCGGCGCCUUCACGUGUCCGCUGCACUGGUCCAUGUGGCUGGGCGUCUUCACCGCGCUGCACGUGACUGCACUCUUCCUCACCCUCUACGAGUGGCGCAGCCCCUUCGGCCUCACGCCCCGCGUCCGCAACCGGGGCACCGUGUUCUCCUACUCCUCUGCCCUCAACCUCUGCUACGCCAUCCUCUUUGGACGCACAGUGUCCAGUAAGACACCCAAGUGCCGCACGGGCCGCCUCCUCAUGAACCUAUGGGCCAUCUUCUGCCUGCUCGUGCUGUCCAGCUACAUGGCCAACCUGGCGGCCGUCAUGGUCGGGGACAAGACGUUUGAGGAGCUCUCGGGGAUUCACGACCCUAAGCUGCACCACCCGUCCCAGGGCUUCCGCUUCGGAACCGUGUGGGAAAGCAGCGCCGAGGCCUACGUCAAGAAGAGCUUCCCGGAGAUGUACGCACACGUGCGGCGCCACAGUGCGCCCACCGCGCCCCACAGCGUCGCCAUGCUGACAAGCGACCCCCCCAAGCUCAACGCCUUCAUCACGGACAAGUCGCUCCUGGACUACGAGGUGUCCAUCGACGCGGACUGCAGACUGCUGACCGUGGGCAAGCCUUUCGCCAUCGAGGGCUAUGGCAUCGGACUCCCCCGGAAUUCGCCGCUCACCUCCAACCUGUCCGAGUUCGUCAGCCGCCACAAGUCCUCCGGCUUCAUCGACCUCCUGCACAAGUGGUACAAGAUGGUGCCUUGUGGCAAGCGGGUCUUCGCCGUUACAGAGAUCCUCCAGAUGGGCAUCUACCACUUCUCGGGACUCUUCGUGCUGCUCUGCCUGGGCCUGGGCAGUGCUCUGCUCAGCUCGCUGGGGGAGCACGUCUUCUACCGCCUGGCGCUGCCGCGCAUCCGAAGGGGCAACACGCUGCAGUACUGGCUGCACACGAGCCAGAGAAUCCAUCGCGCCCUCAACAUGGAGCCGCCCGACAGGCAGGAGGGGCCGGAGCCGAGGGGUCUCGAGGAGCCGCAGCAGGACACUCUGGCCGCCCCCGCCGGCCCGGGGGGCUGGACAUGGGUGCACCGGGCCUCCGUGAGGGAGUGUCGCGCGCACUUCCUGCUGGAGCCGGCCGUGGCCGCCGCCGCUGCCACCACUCCCGUUGAGGAUGCCCCAGACGCGGAUGGGGAUGCGGGGGCGGCCGGGCCGCCCGGGGUCCCCGUCUGGCUCUGCUCCAAUGGCCGCCCGCCCGCCGAGCUGUUCUCGGGCGCCCCACGCCCCGAGGAGCUAGAACAGCUGGAGCAGCGCAUCGCAGGCGCACGCGAGAGGCUCCGCCAGGCGCUGGUGCGGCGCGGGCAGCUCCUCGCCCAGCUCGGGGACGGCGGGCCGCGCAGCCGGCUCCAGGCCUCCGAGGAAGCACCCGUGGCCGCCCAGUGACGCGGGACCAGGCCCUCCUCCACCUGCAGCGGGGGCUCCGAGGGGCCUCGCCUGGCCUCCCCGCACACACAAACGCUGGCUGGACGCUGUCAACAGUUUAUUCUAUAUACAAACACCAUUUUGUACACUGCAAUUAAAUAGAGUGGAAUGAGCCCUCUGCUCCAUUCCUCACGGUGUAACUGGGUUGGGCCACCGGCCGUGUCUUCACCCCGAGCAGGGCAGGACCCCGGCGCCCCCCGUGGCCGCGUCCGGGGCCCCAGCCUGGGCGUGUGGGCUGGCGGUGGAAAGGCACUGCACACGAGGGAGCACCAGCUGAGCCGGCCCCACUCGUUUCACCUUGCUCAGAGGCUUGCCCGUUUUGCCCUGGGACAGCUCACUCCGGACCUUUCACCAACCCAUUGCAGAACCUUCCAUGGAGCCCCCAUCCCUUCUCCCACCCUGGCUCAUCAGCCGGCCGAGUGGGCCCACCAUAGACAGGGACAGGCUGCAGGCAGGCCCCAUGCCCUGGGGGAGAGAAGCCCGCCUCCAAGCAAACCUGAUGGACUCCAAUACCGCCUAAGCAGGCUGAGCAGUCCCAGAGCCAUUGGGGACAGCCUCCCUGACCCCGGAGGGCUCCAGCCAGGUCACACCCAGCUGGCCUGGAUGGCCAGGGACAGAGGCGGUGAGCUGCCCAGGGCUCAGGAGCCGACCUCUGAGGGCGCAUCCACUGGAGCCAUGGACGCAAGGCUGGGCCCACUCACCCCAGCGGUCUGCGGGGCUGUGUCAGACCCUGGGGAGUCGCUUGUGGGGGCACUGUCCUGGGGGGCCCGAGGGAGCGCCCCACUGGGGCUCAGGGGGCUGGCCGGCCGCCGGUCCAGGAGAGAGGCGCUCAGGCCAGAUAAGAAGGAGGCGUC